CCUCGGCGGCCGCCAGAAAACACAACCAGCAAACCAGCCGACGGGCAGAGAGAAGGCGGCCACCAUGAGCAGCCAGAAGUGCGAUGUGGUCGUGAUCGGGGCAGGCAUCUCAGGUCUAUCAGCAGCCAAGUUGCUGUUUGACUCGGGAUUGAGUGUUGUAGUCCUGGAAGCCCGUGACAGGGUUGGAGGCAGAACAUUCACGGUCAGAAAUAAGCAUGUCAAAUAUGUGGACCUAGGAGGGGCAUACGUGGGGCCAACACAAAACCGUGUCUUGAGACUAUCUAAGGAGCUAGGACUAGAGACCUAUAAAGUGAAUGAAGUAGAACAUCUCAUUCACCAUGUCAAGGGCAAAUCUUAUCCGUUCAAAGGCCCUUUCCCUCCAAUGUGGAAUCCCAUUGCCUAUUUGGAUUACAACAAUUUGUGGAGGACAAUGGAUGAAAUGGGGAAGGAGAUUCCCAAUGAAGCGCCAUGGAAGGCGCCCCAUGCAGAGGAAUGGGACAAAAUGACUAUGCGAGAAUUGAUAGACAAAGUGUGCUGGACAAAUGCUGCCAGGCGGUUUGCUACUCUGUUUGUCAAUGUCGAUGUUACCUCUGAGCCCCAUGAGGUCUCCGCUCUGUGGUUCCUGUGGUAUGUUAAACAGUGCGGUGGGACAUCCAGGAUAUUUUCAACAACCAAUGGAGGCCAGGAGAGGAAAUUCAUUGGAGGUUCUGGCCAAAUUUGUGAGAAGAUCAUGGAGUAUCUAGGAGAGCUGGUUAAACUAGAGAAGCCUGUUACCUCCAUUGAUCAGACUGAUGGAAGUGUCAUUGUGGAGACACUGGAUCAUGAAACAUACGAGGCCCGGUAUGUUAUUAGUGCCAUCCCUCCAGCACUUUGUAUGAAGAUUCACUUUAACCCACCGUUGCCUUCAAUGAGGAAUCAGUUGAUCAGCCGGGUUCCUAUGGGAUCAGUCAUCAAAUGCAUAGUAUACUACAAGGAAGCAUUCUGGAGGAAAAAAGAUUAUUGUGGCACCAUGAUAAUUGAAGAUGAGGAUGCAGCUAUUGGUUUGACACUAGAUGACACUAAACCCGAUGGAAGUUUUCCAGCAAUAAUUGGUUUUAUCCUUGCUCGGAAAUGCAGAAAAUUGACUCACCUCACCGCGGAGGAAAGGAAAAGAAGGAUCUGUGAGCUCUAUGCAAAGGUGUUGGGAUCACAGGAAGCCUUGCAUCCAGUGCACUAUGAAGAGAAGAACUGGUGUGAAGAACAGUAUUCUGGGGGGUGCUAUACAGCCUAUUUCCCACCAGGGAUAAUGACUCAGUUUGGAAGGGUAAUUCGUGAGCCAGUUGGGAGAAUCUUCUUUGCAGGCACCGAGACGGCUUCAGAAUGGAGCGGCUACAUGGAAGGUGCAGUGCAGGCUGGAGAGAGAGCAGUCAGAGAGAUAUUGCACUCGAUGGGGAAGAUUUCAGAAGCAGAAAUUUGGAAGUCAGAACCAGAAUCACUUGAUGUCCCAGCCCUGCCAAUCACUACCACCUUUUGGGAAAGGAACUUGCCUUCUGUCCCUGGACUCCUCAAGUUGUUUGGCUUCUGUGCUCUCUUAACAUCAGCGACUGCAGUUGGGCUCUGCACAUUUAAAAGGGGACUUCUGGUGAAAAACUGAAAAUCGAUCUGUGAAUCUAACAAGAACUGGCAGAUUUGUGUGCAUUUGCACGAUCAUUUUACUCUUGCCAGGUAGUGAUUAAUGCAAUUCUCAAUUAUCCCAUGUAUUUCUCCUAUGAAACUUUAUCUUGCAAAAGGGUCCAACGUGUAUUUCUGAGGCCAGUACAAAGUGGGCUGCUGUUGUUAUUUUAUUUUAUUUUAGGGUUGUUGUUUUUAAGUGGUCUGGUGGAGCCCAGUGCAUUGCCACAACCUUUCCCCUUUUUUACAAAACCAACUACUAUGUUGAUCUCACCACAGUGGCAAAGCAAAAAUCAUUGCACAGUGGGAGAAAAGUAGUUGAUCGAACAUUUCCAUUGCCUCCAAAUGUUUUGGGAGAAUGAUAAUUAAGUGAAGAGAUUAUAUGAGUGAAUAAAUUCCAGGAUCAACAUUCUACACAAAUUUAGGGGUACUUUUUGUUUUCUGUUCUUAGGGUUUGUUUGUUUUUUUGCAAAGAAAGGUUGCCAAAAAACUGGAAGGGGUCUCUUUUUUUGAAGGAUUCCACUCCAUGGCACAUUUUCUAGAACACAUAGGCAACCUACUAUUCAACCAUGUGUUAACUCGGAGAAUGCAAGAGCAGUUACACCUGAGUGAACCCAACAAAUGAAAACACACAUUUUUAAGGCUUGAGUUAUUUGUUUGCAAAUAUUUUAUUUACAUGGCCAAGCCUUAAUCUGGUCAUUAAAAAUACCAGGACCAGAUUAAAGCAUGCGAGGGGGUUGGGGGGCAUUGAUGCUGUUGGGACUCCUGGUUAGACACCCUCCCCCCUGCCACUUCCUGCCUUUGACUCGUGGCAUUAUGAAGAACUAGGAAUGGAGGAAAAGUGUAAAUCACUACACACUCAUAUUUGGACUUUGCGAAACAGUAUGUGAUCCGAAGCACAAUUUCUUGCAUUUUUGUGGUGCAGUUGUCCAACCAAGCAAUGCUCACAAUAAUGCAUAUAUUAGGAGGAAGGUAUUAGUAGAAAUAACAUUUAAAAUGCAGAUGGGGAAAUAGGUUUGUUGAAAAGUGUACAUUAGCCAAAGUUGCAUAAAGCUUUUUGUGUUUAUUAGGAGAAAUUCGCUCUAGCAUGCCGAUGAAUUUUCGUGAGUAUUUCUUAAAACAUGGCAAAUUGCUGCAAAAUGUUGAGAACUGAAUUUAAGACGGGGGAAAUGUGAAACUUGAGAGGACCAAAAUUGACACAUCCUUCCACCCAAAGAAGGAACCUAUCAACUCAGGCUAAAUACAGGUGCAAAUCCCAGAUAGGGGUCAUUCCCAGUGUUGCUUUUCCUUUCUCAUGUCUUUGGCAGUAUAAAUCAGGGAAUGAAUUACCAAAGAUGAUAAUCUACAAGGAACAGCCAUAUACUGAAUCAGAAAAUUGGUCCAUCUAGCCCAGUAAUAUCUACCAACAGGUUCUGGUUCUUAAGCAGAUCUUUAAGCUGGAUGUGUAACCUGGGAGCUUCUACAGCCAAAGCCUGCUCUCAGCCAAUGGCCUCUCAGAACUGCAUUGUGAUGGAACUCGUUGACACUGUUUUGUGAAUUUUGAAAGAUUCCUGUCUGUCAUCUUAAUCUUACCACUGCAGUGUUAUGAAGUCUUGUGUACCCUGAGCAUUUAGAAAUGUCUGGCAUUGUGAGUAGCUAGCAACUGUAACGGAGGAAAGAAAAUUAGUGUGCCGCAUUUCACACAGGGAGGGACCAACAUGAACUUUGGCGGAAGAGAGGAAAUAAUAUUGAAAUGGACAAAGAACUGUGCAUGGUACAAGAGUGCAGCUCCCUAGAUAUUCCCUUUUAGAUUUUUGGUUUAUAAAAACAUGCAGGCAUCCAAACAUUUCUAAGCUUUUCUAUAGGAGUACUGGACACUGUUCUGGUUCACUAGAAGCGGCUUUGUCAUGCUGGCCACAUGACCCGGAAGCUGUACACCGGCUCCCUCGCGCAAUAAUGCGAGAUGAGCGCCGCAACCCCAGAGUCGGUCAUGACUGGACCUAAUGGUCAGGGGUCCCUUUACCUUUUACUGGACACUUGACUACUACUUCUUAUUGUUUAAAUGAAAACUUGAUUUUCAGGAUCCCAGCUUCAGCAAUAGAUACUGGAUUUUGAAUUUGCACAACCAUACCAUAUGGAAAGGUAUCUUAAAACAUAACAUGGAGUCCAUGUCUACCUCUGAGGCUCUGGGAAAGGCCCUUUCAAGCACCUUGUCAUACUUGCAUCAUCUUGAAGAGCCAUUAUUUUAAAGGUGUAUACAAAUGAUACUAGCUUUCUUUUGCACUUCCUGGAUUUGCAGUAGGAACUAACACUUAAUGUUGUCCAAAAUCUUCCUAUCGAUAUUAACAUCCUCAUCAGCUUAAAAUGGUUUAUUAUUUCUACGUGUGAAAAUGCUUCUGCUUUGGUUUCUAAUGAGAUGGCUCACAGGAAGUACACCGUGGGAAGGGUCUUGAAGCCCAUUUUUCACCUACAAAAUGGGACUGCAACAUCUUGCUGCUCAAGUAGCUCCAAUGAAAUCAAGAUGGCUAGCUAGAAUGACAUUUCGGAAUGUCAAAUUUCAAUCUUUUGGGAAGUCUGUUGCUUGCCUCUGGCAAGAAUUAAGCUGUUUCUCUGUGCUCUGGCUAUGCAGUGUGCCACUGUGAACUGAAGGCAUCAAUUUAACUUGAGAGAGCAUCUCUUAGGAAUUUGAAAGACAGGAACAAGCUGACAUGACAGACAUGGUGUUUCUUUUUGGGUGUUAUGGCAGAGUCAUGUACUUACCAAAAGAUUUCCAAGUCUUGGAGUUGUUUUGCAUUUUUUUUCUAAACUAGGAUUAUCUUUUACUAAUGACAUUGUGACUCCCUGGGAGUUACAUAUGUAUAUUUAUACAAACUACCAAGUUACAUCCCUUGACCAAAAUGGUAUGCCAAGGUUUAUUAGCUUUUGGCUUGAUGAAUUUACCAUCCUCUUCCUUUGGGUGGUAUUAUGUUUUUUGUUUUUAUUCUUUGGUCAGACUUACUGUAGGUUUGUUAACAAUAUCCCAGGGUUGCUAUUAUGAAAAUAUUUCCUCUAUUUUCAUAAUGGAUCACUUUUCCACAGUUUAUUUGUGGGUACAGAGGAAAUCUUAGGGCAGUAGCCAGAACCUGAGGGGGCUCCCAAGGCACAGCAAGUACCUUGUUGCACACUGUGGCCUCCACCCCACCCCCUUUUCUUUUCCAGCUGACAGUAUUGGAGGCUGUUUCCAUGUUCUCCUAAGCUUCAGAAUAAGUUUUCAGGCAAUUGAGGGGCAGGUUUUUAAGUAGUAAAUGUUGGUUUUUGGUAAUGAGACGUCAACCUGCCUAUGUGUGGCCUCUCUCUCUCCCAGCCUUGUGGCUCCUGGUAAUGUAUUACACAUAAAAUAUGAUGUGAUGUGACAUUUUAGCACGGUGAGUCUUCCUGUCAAUAAUGUGAGGCCGGGGGUCAAAGAAAUGACCAACCUGAGGUCACUUUAUAUCAGGUAUGGGGCACCUUUGACCCUCCAGAUGUUGCUAAACUAUGAAUGCCAUCAGUCCCAGCAAGCACCAGCAAUAGUCAGGGAUGAUGGGAGUUGCAGUUCUGCAGCAUCUGGAGAGCCAAAGACUCCCUGCACCUUGCUUUAUACACUGGUUUUGUUAGAAAUUACGAAGAAUGGAGAGGAAAGAGGUAUGAGACCACAGAAGCUCUGGGUUUCUUCCUAUGUAUAACUUGGGUGUCAGUGAUGGCCAUUCAGGUAGUAUGAGAGGCUCUGUAGCGCCUGUAAUAUUUAGUUAAUGGAGAGGAGGGGAAGAUGAACAUCCAGCUGUUCGUGGUUUGUUCUGCUUUAGUAUCCCAUCAGCGUCAUGAGAAAGGGCAAGAGACUCGACUUAAUAAAGAAGCAUGUCCCUAUUCUGUUGUGAGUAAGCAUGCAGCCCUAGGAAUAUUUGGCAGAACUGAGGGAGGCAGGGAGCACAGGCAGCACAUUUUAUGCAAAAUGUGAUUUCCUUUACUGCACCCCUUUCCCCUGUUCUAACUAAGCUAUGAUGUAGCAGUCACAGAAAUUCACCCACCAGGCAUGAAAAAGUGGGUUGUGGAUUCAUUUUCAAAAAAGCACUCAAACACUCCCAACAAAUCCGCAGCUCUUCCAUUUACCGGCAAUCAUUAUUUUCCACAAAUGUUUUGUUUCCCCGCUUUCUUCAGUUCCUCAUUUCUUGAGAUAAAUGAGAAUGUGGAGCUUAUGGGAAUGCAGCUGCUUUUCAGAAACAGAAAUCGGUUGCACAUUAAAGUCUUACCUUUGGUCUGGAAGUUGGCCUAUGAGAUCUGGAGGAUAGAUGAUCAUGCAUUUAGGCAAGAGGUUGAACUCGCUGAACUUUUGUUCUUUCAGCAACAUUUCUUGGAAGCAUAUCCCACAUAUUUCAAUAAAACUUUCUUCUGCAUCAAUCCAUGAAUGGAAACAGGUUUCUGGGCAUGAAUUUACACUAACAGUAUAAAAGGUUGCUGUGGGAAAACCCCAAGCCAACACAUGGUGCAGGUACCACUAAGCUCCAACACCAUGCAAAGAAUUUAAAGUGCCUGCCAUCUCCGAUCACCUCUUUAGUUGAGGGAAAAGAAAAGCAAGAACUGGGGUCAAUACAGGGAUGAUGUUUUCUUCAACCUUCUUAUCCACCAAGUGAUUAAUCUUUCAGAGCUGAUAAAUGCUGAUCAUACCUAAGAUAGUGUGGGGAAAGGAGAAGAGGAAGGUUUUACAAGAUAAAUACUGGGCACUCAGCAUGUUGCCCCCCCCCCCCAAGGCUAGGACCAACAUCUUUAACAGCAGAGUGUUUUAUUCUCAUGAAUUUAUAAACUUCUCUGAGAGCUCAGAACCAAAAUCAGGGUCAGAUGGGAGAAGGAAGAUGCAAACGGUUAAGGUGUCCCUUCAUAAAUUGCUUGUGUUAGACUUUAUAAAAUGGCAACAUCUUAAUCUUUUGAGGUGUGUUUCAUUAACUUACAAUGGACUAUUUUGCAUCAUACUUUAACUAGCAGCCUUGUUUGUGGACACAAAUGUGUAUGAUGUCAUACAACAUUACAGGAAAAGAACACAGAGGUUGCCUUGCUUGGAUCCUCGGAUGAAAUGUCCAUCUAAGGUUGUACUCUAUCAAUGUGUAGUGCAAGCCUGCACAUGUCUGCUUAGAAGUAAGUGCCACUGAGUUUGGAGGGAUUUACUCCCAAGUAAGUGGAUAUAGGACUGCAGCCCCCAUUGGUUAGCUAGGUGCCUCUGUGGAGCUUACAAGAAGGGCAUGGCAGAGAUUUCCCUUCACACUAGGAAUUUAAUUACUUCCUCUGAAAGGCAUUAUAGGACUGUAAGGCACAUAACACAGCAUGGAGUUGGAUGACAUUUUUAAGUAAGUGCUUGUUCUGUGCAGUGCCAGUUGACUUUCUGCGAUACGUGAUUGGAAAUCUGACACAUUUUUUAAACUGCACUUCACUGAUUCAGUAAAGACAGCAUGUAUGCUGCUAUGGCUACAGUAUUUUUAAUGAAUGUCUGGGUCGGUGUUUUAUUUGACUAGGGUGCUUAUUGUAAGUUAUCCCUAGUGCCAUAGUUUUGAUGGGCCUUGUUGAGCCACAUCACCAAAGUGUGUGUGUGUGUGUGUGUGUGUGUGUGUGUGUGUGUGUACAUGCCCAAUUCUGGAAUGGGCAGCAGGCUACAAUGCCAGCAUCUUUUGAGGGAGCCAGAAAAUCCAUUCAUCACUUUGUUUAUUGAGGUGUGUGUGUGUGUGUGUGUUGUGGAUAACGAAUUCAACUAUUUUGGCAUAGAGGCAUGCCCCACUGUCAAUUGCAGUUCUUAACUGUCAAAUUGUGGGAAAGUGACACUUAGGACAUAGUGAACUAAGGACUCUGUGCGCCAUCGAUGUCGAUGAAGACUGUUGAAUAAGAGAGCACAGCAACAUUUCACUGUAUCUUUUCUGUAAAUGACUAUGGUGCUGCCCUACAGGUUAAAGCUAAGGUUGCAAAAAUCGGAGGGGAAGGAAUGUAGAGAGUCCAGGAGACAAUGAAGAGAAAAAGGUGUUGCUAAGUGUGCACUAAUUGCCUCUUAUAUCAAUGCAUUUGAAAGCCAUUGUAUCUGUUCAUAUACUGCAGAGCUGUAACUAUUGUAUUGCUGUUUUAAAUGUCAAAGGGGUCAGAAAAAUCAACUGUUGCACUUGGCAGUGAGAACUGAUGCAUAGUUCAUUAAAGGGCCCCUCUCUGCACUGAGUCAGAUGAGUAUUCUGGCAAUACCCUGUUAAAGGCUUUAGAAACAUUGUCAUCUUUGCUGCAAGAUGUCCUCUUCCAAGAUAACACCUGAAUUCUAAUUAUCAGUGGAAACCCAGCAGAUUAUUAAGUGCUGGAGAGAAGACCAAACUGCGGCCCUCCAGAUGUUUUGGCCUACAACUCCCAUGAUCCCUAGCUAACAGGACCAGUGGUCAGGGAUGAUGGGAAUUGUAGUGCAAAACAUCUGGAGGGCCGAACUUUGGGGAUGUCUGCUCUAGCUGAUUUCAUCUUUUGGAAAGCCCCAUUCCCCCAAGAGGUUCAGUUUAUGGAACUGAAACUAGCAUAACAUUAGCCUAGAAUAUUACUGUGCUAUAAGAACUGUGUCCAAAGGCAGGCUUCUAAAGUUUAAGCCUAUUUUGAAGAGUGGAGAAAUAAAAUAUUUGCUUCACAGAAAAGGAGAAAGUGUGUGCUUGAAAACUGGAAGAGCUAAUCCGCAGGAGACCUGGGCAAAUUUGAACAGUACAAUUAAAAGUUAACAGUCCUCCCUAAGUAAAUGUACCCAUUGAUUAAGCAUAAUAUUCCUUCCAGCGUCUUCUUCCCUGAAACCUUAUUAACAGCUGAGCUUCUGUUCCAGUGGAAAUAGAAGUGAAUAUCUUCAAAGCAGGUUUUUAAAAGGGGGGGUUUAAAUUAAAUUAUACUGACCUAACCUGCAGCUGAACUUUCUUCCCCUUUGAUCACAUACUAGUACUAGUCGUCGUAUCUGUUGUGUACAAGUGUAACAUCACAGUAUCGGGAUAUGGAUUCAGUCAGUCAUGGUUUGUUUGUGCCUUAUAUGAUUGUGGCGUUUUCUUAAGUGCCUCUGUGGUGGCUAUUUUGUCUUGAACCCCUUAUUAUGUUCCUUUUCCUGUUCUAGAUAUUUUUAUCUGGCAGCUGUGAACCUUUUUAAAAGUUCAACUCAAACGAAUAAACAUUGCCACACUGAAUGUCUUUGAGGGCUUUUUG